AUGGCUGUCUCUUUGCCACCUACCCUGGGACUCAGUUCUGCCCCAGAUGAAAUUCAGCACCCGCAUAUUAAAUUUUCAGAAUGGAAAUUUAAGCUAUUCAGGGUGAGAUCUUUUGAAAAGGCACCUGCAGAAGCUCAAAUAGAAAAGAAAAUUUCUUCUGAGGGGAAACCUUCUCUGGAGCAAUCUCCAGCAGUCCUGGACGAGGCUGAUGGUCAGAAGCCUGCCGUGAGUCAACCAGCAUUAAAAGCUCACCCUACGUUUUUGAAGAAAUCCCACGAUGAUGGAAAAGCAAGAGAGAAAGCAAUCCACCAAGCCAAUCUUCGACAUCUCUGCCGUAUCUGUGGGAAUUCUUUUAAAACUGAUGAACGCAAUAGGAGCUAUCCAGUCCAUGGGCCGGUGGAUGGUAAAACCCAACUCCUUUUACGAAAGAAGGAAAAGAGAGUCACUUCCUGGCCAGACCUCAUUGCCAAGGUUUUCCGGAUUGAUGUCAAAGCAGAUGUUGACUCCAUCCACCCCACCGAAUUCUGCCACAGCUGCUGGAAGAUCAUGUACAGGAAGUUUAGCAGUGCCCCGUGUGAAGUUAGCUUCCCAAGGAAGGCAACCAUGGAGUGGCACCCCCACACAUCAUCUUGUGACAUCUGUCGUGCUGCCCGCCAGGGACUCAAGAGGAAGAGUCAUCAACCAAAUGUGCAGCUCAGCAAAAAACUCAAAACCAUGGUUGGCCGAGUGAGAAGAGCCAGUCGGCACAAGAAAAGAGCUAAGGCAAGGAUCAGCCGCAAGGAAGUGAUGAAGAAGAUCUCCAAGUGCGGUGACAUCCAUCUUAGUACCAAGCUUCUUGCGGUGGACUUCCCGGCACACUUUGUGAAAUCUAUCUCCUGCCAGAUUUGCGAACACAUCCUGGCCGACCCUGUGGAGACCAGCUGUAAGCAUGUAUUUUGCAGGAUUUGCAUUCUCAGAUACCUCAAAGUCAUGGGCAGCUAUUGUCCCUGUUGCCAAUAUCCCUGCUUCCCUACCGACCUGGAGAGCCCAGUGAAGUCCUUUGUGAGCAUCUUGAAUGCCCUGAUGGUGAGAUGUCCAGCAAAAGAGUGCAAUGAGGAGAUCAGCUUGGAAAAAUAUAACCGCCAUGUCUCAAGCCACAAGGAGUCAAAAGAGACCUUUGUGCAUAUUAAUAAAGGGGGCCGGCCGCGUCAGCAUCUCCUGUCAUUGACCCGAAGGGCCCAGAAACAUCGCCUGAGGGAGCUCAAGCUGCAAGUGAAAGCUUUUGCUGACAAAGAAGAAGGUGGAGAUGUGAAGUCUGUGUGUCUGACCUUGUUCCUGCUGGUGCUGAGGGCGAGGAAUGAGCACAGACAAGCCGAUGAGCUGGAGGCCAUCAUGCAGGGACGGGGCUCUGGCCUGCAGCCAGCUGUGUGCUUGGCCAUCCGUGUCAACACCUUCCUCAGCUGCAGUCAGUACCACAAGAUGUACAGGACUGUAAAAGCCAUCACAGGGAGGCAGAUUUUCCAGCCUUUGCACGCCCUUCGCAAUGCUGAGAAGGUCCUUCUGCCAGGCUACUACCCCUUUGAAUGGCAGCCACCUCUGAAGAACGUCUCUUCCAGCACUGACGUCGGCAUUAUUGAUGGCCUGUCUGGACUGUCCUCUUCUGUGGACGAUUACCCGGUGGACACCAUUGCCAAGCGGUUCCGCUAUGACUCGGCUUUGGUGUCUGCUUUGAUGGACAUGGAAGAAGACAUCCUGGAAGGCAUGAGAGCCCAAGGCCUGGAUGACUACCUGAAUGGCCCCUUCACCGUUGUGGUGAAGGAGUCUUGUGAUGGCAUGGGAGAUGUGAGUGAGAAGCAUGGAAGCGGGCCAGCAGUUCCAGAAAAGGCGGUUCGCUUUUCGUUCACGGUCAUGAAAAUUACCAUAGCGCACGGCUCAGAAAACGUGAAGGUAUUUGAGGAAGUCAAACCUAACUCUGAACUGUGUUGUAAGCCCUUGUGCCUCAUGCUGGCAGACGAGUCUGACCACGAGAUGCUGACGGCCAUCUUGAGCCCUCUCAUUGCUGAGAGGGAGGCUAUGAAGGCCAGCCACUUAGUGCUGGAGAUGGGAGGCAUCCUUCGGACUUUCAAGUUCAUCUUCAGGGGCACUGGAUACGAUGAGAAGCUUGUCCGAGAAGUCGAAGGCCUUGAGGCUUCUGGCUCUGUCUACAUUUGUACCCUUUGUGAUGCCACCCGCCUAGAGGCCUCUCAAAAUCUUGUCUUCCACUCCAUAACCAGAAGCCACUCUGAGAACCUGGAGCGCUAUGAGGUCUGGCGUUCCAACCCGUACCACGAGUCUGUGGAAGAACUGCGGGAUCGGGUGAAAGGAGUCUCAUCUAAACCUUUCAUUGAGACAGUCCCUUCCAUAGAUGCACUCCACUGUGACAUUGGCAACGCGGCUGAGUUCUACAAGAUUUUCCAGCUAGAGAUAGGGGAGGUGUACAAGAAUCCCAAUGCCUCCAAAGAGGAAAGGAAAAGGUGGCAGGCUACACUGGACAAGCAUCUCCGGAAGAAGAUGAACCUGAAACCAAUCAUGAGGAUGAAUGGCAACUUUGCCAGGAAGCUCAUGACCAAAGAGACAGUUGAAGCUGUCUGUGAAUUAAUCCCCUCUGAGGAGAGGCACGAAGCUCUCAGGGAGCUGAUGGACCUUUACCUGAAGAUGAAACCCGUAUGGCGAUCAUCUUGUCCUGCUAAAGAAUGCCCAGAAUCCCUCUGCCAGUAUAGUUUCAACUCACAGCGUUUUGCUGAGCUCCUCUCUACCAAGUUCAAGUAUAGAUAUGAGGGCAAAAUCACCAAUUAUUUUCACAAAACCCUGGCACACGUGCCUGAAAUUAUUGAGAGAGAUGGCUCCAUUGGGGCAUGGGCAAGUGAGGGAAAUGAAUCUGGCAACAAACUGUUCAGGCGCUUCCGAAAAAUGAAUGCCAGACAGUCCAAGUGCUAUGAAAUGGAAGAUGUCUUGAAGCAUCACUGGUUGUAUACCUCCAAAUAUCUGCAGAAGUUUAUGAAUGCUCAUAAUGCGUUUAAGAACUCUGGGUUUACCUCAAACUCGCAGGCAGGCUUGGGGGACCCACUCGGCCUAGAGGACUCUCUGGAAACUCAAGAUUCGAUGGAAUUUUAA